UGCUACUGAUCCAAUCACCCUUGUUUGGAAAUGGCAGAUAAGAGCAAGCAAUCAUCUUCGACAGGAUCUGCAAAGAGAGCAUUAAGCAAGCCGGUCUUAACGCGUCUUUCGACAAUUCGCCGUGAGGUUGAGGAAUUGUUAAAAUUCUCUGACGGAAUUUUGGAUUAUGAAAAUAUUUGUACCAAAUUGUCGGCGUUAGAGCAAGAGACGGCAGAGAAGCACCAGAUCAUUGGAAGUAAAGAGAAAGCCAUCGAAGCCCUGCAAAAAGAAGUGGUCAAGCUAAGAACGGAAAAGGGACUGCUCAAAGAAGAGUUCAUAGCUGGGUAUGAAAAAUGGAAAGGCGAAUCGAAGCGAAGAGAAGAUGAGGUAGCUUCUCUGCUGCAGGAAGAGCUUGGGCUGGAACGGAGAAAAUGCGAGAGCACCAGCCAGCAGCUUCGACAGCUCCGAGCUGAGAUAUCAAAAUACAAGAAGCGGUAUGAUAAAGAUCAAGAUGACAUCGUCGGGCUCAAACACGACCUAGAAAUAGAGAGGUUGACGGUGGAGAGGAUUACAGCCAACUUCGACAACUGUAAAAGAGAAGUGGAGGAACUGCAGAGUCAAAUCGGCAUCCUGAAUUUCGAACAGAGUCAGAUAGAAAGCACCUUCUCUGAGCUAGACGGUACCGUACAUAAAUUGGCGUGGCACUGCUUUCACCAGAAAAUUCCAGACCCUUGCGUGGUCAACAUUGAGGCUGCAGCCUCCUCGCGGAGGAUAUUGCAAGUACCGUCGAAUACAGAACCAGCGCUAUGUAUGCGCAGUGCCAUUGCUGAGGCCAUUAUCUCCCAAGCUCUUUGCAAGUAUAUCUUCAAGCCCUUCUACCUUUCGAAGAGCACCGACACCGAACUGGCCGCGCUAGUAAAGGCGCUUGAUUGGCUAAGCACGAUACAACCUGACCGAGCGGACAUCGUGCGAUACCAAAUCGCUAGCGUCUUUGAUGUACAGCAAGAGACCGACUCCAUAUCGGGCUGUGCAAUGCAAUUUGUGCUUGAAAGACUUGACGCAUGGCUAACAAGUCAGAAUAAGGAAUAUUUCUCUAGGGAAUUGACAACCUUCUUCGGAAAUGCCAUUGAGAUAUGGAAGCAGCUCCAGAAAGGUCCUAAACCGGCCACUUUUCAAGCCGAUCUUGAUACAGUUGGCUGGAACUUCGAGGACCACGGUCGACCCGAGUAUGAUAAACGUGGCCAACCUGGCGUCGACCUAACUCGAAAGACGAAACUUGGAGCCGGUCAUCCCAUAGUUUCGCAUGUCGAGAACGACUAAAGAGUGCAAUUUGCGUAGAUUUAUAAGAGCUAUAAUGUGCGUAGAGCUUCUGAGCUGGUUCGAAGUCAAAGAUCCUUGAAUUCGUUCCAGCCCGGCCGGCGUUCCAUCUCGCAGUGGGGGAAGGUUACUGAAGAG